AUGGCGGGCAAGAAGUGGGCUACUCCAGAGCAAGAGGAAUUUCUCCUCAGCUUCAUGUCUGAGUUCCGCGAGAGUGCCGCAACCAAGAACUACGAUGAUUUCUUCACGCGCAUCUGGGCUCUAUGGUUCGAAAGGUGGUCUGAGGAACGUGUCAUCUUCAAAGACAUGCCAGAUGACUAUGUUCGCACCCCGGACGACAUUAAGGCUCUGGCAAGAGCAGUUGAGAUGCGUCAGCAACAACUGGUUACCUGGUAUAGGUGGCAGAUAAACCCUGCACGUCAUGCUCGCUCAAAAGGCGCCAGGGGCGUGCUGAAAUUUGAUACCGUCUUAGGUGGGGGCGUGGAACUCAAAGGUACACGGGCACCCCAAAAAAUCGAUAUUUACUCGCACAAAUUCUAUGAAGCGAAGGUUAAGAAUGUUGCAGACAAUGCAAUUACAACAGAAAACAUCACCAAUAGAGGCCCGAAGCUGAACAAGCGCCGUGAGAUCACGCGGCAGAUGUACUUGGAGGAAAGCGAGUCUGUCAAAGCAGAUAUUGAUAGGAAGUAUCGCAAGGCGAAAGCAAAUUUCGCAAAAAAGCGCCAGCAGCUGAAGUCUGGGAAGCCAUUAAAACUCGAUGAUGCCACAAAAGUGAAAGCUAUUCGGGAGCUAGGUCCAAUGCUUGACCGCAUCCUCAAAUAUCUCGCGCACAUUACGGGCGGGUGGAAGUUUACGGUUCUUAUGGGAGGUCGUGAUCCUAGGACGGGUGAAACAUCAGUUUUCAACUAUCACGUAGGCGAACUUCAAAGUGGUGCCCAGUUCAAUCAUGUGUACAAAGACUUCGAUGGAAUGCAAGCUGCAUUCCUAGCAUUCGUUCAAAACGCUCUCGGUAUGGCUGAAGUUUCUAAAUUCAGAGACACAGACUUACGUGCUCCCCAAUCAGCAUUUGAGUCUACCCUACCACAUGAUGAGACGGCAGAGGAUGAAGACGAAGAGUCCUCAUCAGACUGGGACUUUGACGAAGAUAACAACAAUAGACGAGGAAAGAGUGUUGAGGAGGAUAUGAGUCAAGUCGAGGAUCUCGCACUCUUUGAUACAAACAACCUGUAUCGCAUGACUCCCCAAUCUGCCAGUGAUGAAAUUCUCGAGGAUCAUGCUAGUGGCUCACAUACUCCAUUGGAUACCCUCUUGGAUUCUGCAUUGCCCAAAGCGUUUCCCACAACUGCUAGCCAGGCAUCAGCUGAUGCAUCAGCUGAUGCAUCAACGGCGCUUGGCAGCAUGGCUGGAACUGUCGAUAAUUCAUCGCUCGCUACCGAAUUUCUUUCUCACUCUACUGCUUUCGACCCCAUCGUAGAAGGCACCGCCGAUUUCUCUGCCUUUGAUCCCCAUGCCUUCGCUGCUAUUGUCAACAAUCCCUACUUUGAGCCUGGUGUCCUUGACAAUGACUGGUCCAUGCGGGCCCUUGAUACUACCGACAAGUCGUCAGAUUUGCCUGCGCAGUCUCCCGCCAACCUGACAUCUCCAGACGACUGUGAUUGCCCCCCAUCAAAUCAAGAAAUGGAGGUGCUGCUCCCUGCUGUCCCAUCUGCGAAUAGUGAGGAAGGACAGGACGACGAUUCACUUCUCAACCAGCCGGAGGUUCAUCCUCGCCGUGGGGCACGCAGACGGCGUGUUGACAGAUCCCCGGCUCCUACAUCAUCCAUGGACCCACCUACAUUGCCAGUGCACAUGGAGAUGAACGUGCCUCGUCUCCGUGCACGUAACAAUGUUCCCUUCAAUCCACGAGAGCGUGAUAACAACAUUGGAGUCCCGGCACGUCGUGCUCGCCCCGCAGACUCACGGAAAAAGGCUCGGCACUCUUGA